ACACAAUUCAAUGCACCUUAGAGUGAUUUCAGAUUACAAAGAUUUGUAGAUUUGUAGACACAGAUUUGUGUAGGAUUGAAGCUCAAAGCCCAAAACCCAGAAAUUUAAUAAGAGCAAAAAAUGAGUUCAUCAAAGCAUGUGAGGAAGUUGCAGGUGGUUUCACCAGUACCUGCAGAUAUAGACAUUGCUAACUCAGUUGAGCCUUUUCAUAUCUCUGAGAUAGCUAAGGAUCUCAAUCUUAGCCCUAACCAUUAUGAUCUUUAUGGCAAAUAUAAAGCGAAGGUGUUAUUGUCUGUUGUUGAUGAGUUUAAAGGAUCAGCUGAUGGGUACUAUGUGGUGGUUGGAGGGAUUACGCCUACACCACUGGGAGAAGGCAAGUCUACUACGACGGUUGGGCUUUGUCAAGCUUUGGGUGCAUUUCUUGACAAGAAGGUUGUCACUUGCCUUCGUCAACCAUCACAAGGACCUACUUUUGGAAUUAAAGGGGGUGCAGCAGGUGGUGGCUACAGUCAAGUGAUUCCAAUGGAUGAAUUCAAUCUUCACCUAACUGGGGAUAUUCAUGCUAUAACAGCUGCAAACAAUCUUCUAGCUGCUGCUAUUGAUACCAGGAUUUUCCAUGAGUCCUCUCAAUCAGAUAAGGCUCUAUUGAACCGUUUAUGUCCACCUAAUAAAGAAGGCAAAAAAAGCUUCAGUGACAUAAUGUUUAGGCGUCUAAAUAAGCUAGGUAUCACCAAGACCAAACCAGAGGACCUUACUCCACAAGAAGUCAAGAAAUUUGCUAGGCUUGAUAUUGAUCCAGAUUCAAUUACAUGGAGGAGAGUGAUGGAUGUGAAUGACCGGUUCUUGAGAAAGAUCACCAUUGGACAAGGUCCUGAAGAAAAGGGGAUGUUCAGAGAAACGGGAUUUGAUAUCUCUGUUGCUAGUGAAAUAAUGGCAGUUUUGGCCCUCACAACAUCUCUUGCUGAUAUGAGAGAGAGGCUUGGAAAAAUGGUUAUUGGAAAUAGCAAAGCUGGUGACCCCAUAACAGCUGAUGAUCUUGGUGUUGGAGGUGCUUUGACUGUGCUGAUGAAGGAUGCCAUAAAUCCUACUUUGAUGCAGACCCUUGAAGGAACUCCUGUUCUUGUUCAUGCUGGUCCUUUUGCAAACAUUGCUCAUGGCAAUUCUUCCAUUGUUGCUGAUAAGAUUGCAUUAAAAUUGGUAGGGCCAGGUGGGUUUGUGGUCACAGAAGCAGGCUUUGGUUCUGAUAUUGGAACUGAGAAGUUCAUGAAUAUAAAAUGCCGAUAUAGUGGAUUAAUGCCUCAAUGUGCAAUUAUUGUUGCAACAAUUAGAGCUCUAAAAAUGCAUGGUGGUGGACCAGAAGUUGUUGCUGGGAAGCCUUUAGACCGUGCCUACACAACUGAGAAUGUGGCUUUGGUUGAAGCUGGGUGUGUGAAUCUGGCAAGGCAUAUUUUAAACACAAAGUCUUAUGGUGUGAAUGUUGUUGUUGCUGUGAAUAUGUUCGCCACUGAUACGGAAGCUGAACUUAACGCUGUUAAAAGUGCAGCAUUGGCUGCUGGGGCAUAUGAUGCUGUCACCUGUACACACCAUGCCCAUGGUGGAAAGGGAGCGGUGGACCUAGGAAUUGCAGUUCAAAGAGCCUGUGAGAAUGUGACACAGCCGUUGAAGUUUUUAUAUCCUUUAGAUAUUAGUAUCAAAGAGAAAAUAGAGGCUAUAGCAAGGUCAUAUGGUGCUAAUGGCGUCGAAUAUUCAGAGCAGGCCGAGAAGCAAAUUGAGAUGUACAGCAGGCAGGGGUUCUCUGGUCUACCAAUCUGCAUGGCCAAAACCCAGUACUCAUUUUCACACAAUGCGGCUGAGAAGGGAGCACCGACCGGAUUUAUCUUACCGAUAAGGGACGUAAGGGCAAGCAUUGGUGCUGGUUUCAUUUAUCCCUUAGUUGGGACAAUGAGUACAAUGCCGGGGCUUCCGACGAGGCCUUGCUUUUACGACAUUGAUGUUGACACUGCCACUGGUAAGGUCAUUGGUCUCUCUUGAAGCUAACAAAGCUCCCAUGAUUGUGUGCUUCUGCAUUUUGUUUUGUAUAAUGCACUGUGAUUGUCCCUUGUUUAUGUUUGUGUAUGUGUUGUUCUUCGACAUUGGAUCCCUGAAUAAAGGAAAAGCCCGCCCUUGUUAUGGCUAAAAAUAAGAAGAAACGAAUACAUAAAGUUUCAGUUA